UCCCUGUCAGCCCACAGAGGGCUCCGUUGCUACUGGAGUUACCAUUAGCAACUGGGCAGCGCACGAGCGAACACCCUCAACCGCUGUUGAUGUGGUCCUGGCAAAUACACAAGGUCCUGUAAGCUGCCCUGGAAUUUUAGGAUCUCGGGAUGCCUUUGAGGCUAGCCAUGGUUAACACGUAAGAUAGCAGUGAGUGGCACUGCUAUGUUGCCAGGCGUCGGUGUAUUUGGCACGGGCAGCACGGCCCGAGUGCUUGUCCCGUUGUUGAAAGCUGAAGGCUUUGAGGUUCAUGCACUCUGGGGGCAAAGCGAAGAGGAGGCGGGCUGCUUGGCGAGGGAGCUUGGCAUCCCAUUUCACACCAGCCGAUCUGAUGACGUCCUGUUGCACCAAGAUGUCGACCUUGUUUGCAUCUCCAUACCACCCUCAAUGACGAGACAAAUUGCUGUCAAAGCACUGGGUAUUGGUAAGAAUGUUGUGUGUGAGAAAGCUGCAACUGCUGUGGAUUCUUUCAAGAUGGUGACUGCUGCCAGAUACUACCCACAGCUGCUUAGCAUUAUGGGUAAUACCCUGCGCUUCCUGCCAGCUUUUGUGGCAAUGCACAAGCUGCUUUUGGAGGGAUACGUUGGAGAAAUGCAGGUGUGUGAUGUCCGAGUCUAUGGCCCCAGCCUCCUGGAUCAGUCUUACGGCUGGACAUGUGAGGAGCUGAUGGGAGGAGGCGGUCUCCACACGGUCGGCUCUUCCAUCAUUGACCUUUUAAACUACUUAACUGGUUUUCGAGCCCAUCGUGUUCAUGGCCUGCUGCGGACCUUUGUACAACAAAAUGGUUUGAUUCGAGGCAUCCGCCGCGUCACCAGCGACGAUUUUUGCUUCUUCCAAAUGUUGAUGGGUGAAACUGGGUCCAGCUCUGGUGGUCUAUGUUGCACUGUGACCCUGAACUUCAACAUGCCAGGGUCAUUUGUGCACGAGGUUAUGGUAGUUGGAUCCACUGGGAGACUGGUUGCCAGGGGUGCAGAGCUAUAUGGCCAACGCAAUGGAAGUAAAGGCGAGGAGCUGUUGCUAGGCGACAGUGGGUGGGUGGGACCGGAGGUUAAAGAGAUGCCCCUUCCUCACCUGCUUGGGCUGAGCUCCAUGGUAAAGGGGCUGAGACAGUCUUUUCAGGCUCACGAGGAGCGCAGGUCAUGGGCAAAAGGACCGGUUGCCAUGGCGCCAACAUUUGAGGAUGGUCUCUAUGUGCAGACGGUGGUCGAGGCGGUGAAACGGUCCAGCUGUAGUGGAGAAUGGGAAUGUGUUGAGAUCAUGAGUCAGGAGCCAGAUCCAAAUCACAACCUGUGUGAGGCUCUGCAGAGAAAUAAGACCUAAAUAUUAUAUUAUUGAUUAUUUAUACACCUAGUGCAACUUAUCUAUGUAUCUGACAAAACUGGGCUCUGAAUGUUUUUUCCUUUUACUCGGCUGCGGAGGGCGUUUACAUUACCCAUGACUACUUCUUAGAAUACUUUAAUUUAGUAAACAUGACUGUGUAGUGGAUGUUUGUACCCUCACAGUGAUGAUUUGUUUUUACAUACAAUUAGUUACCACUGCUCCCUUAUUCUGAUUCCCCAAAAUAUAUAUAUUUAAAUAGCUACCUGUUUUUUGUUUACACGUUUAUGAUCUCUUUCUGACAGGUUGUCACCUGUCAGAAAGGCACCACACCUAUGUCAAAUAUUGGCUAAGAGCAAAAUUCCCUAGAAGUUUAAAAAAAAACUCCUUUUCCUCACUUUAAUGAUCAUGUCGGGAUACAUCUUUUAAUUUUAAGAAACAUUUUUUUUCCAUUUAUGUAUUUCUUCUUUAGAAUAUUUUUAUUAAAUUUUAUUCUUUGUGAAGUCACCAGACCACCAGUGGUUCAAGUGUUUGCCAGAGUUUACAAUUACACCAAUAAAUGGAUAAAUAGACGUCUGCAAAGUUGGUGCACAGACGCAUACUUUUUUCUAACUACCCAAUUGGUUGAGUCAAGCCAUGCAUAACAUUUAGUAAUGUGGCUCAACAUGAAAAUGUUUAAAUUUCUGUUGUGCCUAACGUUUAGAUUUUGGCUGUUUGGUUGUUUUUCCCCAACAUGAAUAGCACCUUAUUCUGAAAGGAAGUUGUUCUUCCUCUGAAACGAAUGUGAAUAUGAGAGUAUGAGGAUAAUUUGACUAACAAAACACUACUGGCAGAAUUCAAAUGAUAUUGAUAUGAUAUGUAGGUCAGCCUUUGUCAUUUUCAGGGUAACAGAGCUGUGCAGAGUUUUGUUUCAUUUUUUAUGUUUGUAACGUAAGAUAAUAGACAUCCAUAUGUUAUAACAUAAAAUUGCAUGAGAUACCAGGGAUUGAGUAAAAUAAGCUAUGUGAAAAACUGAAUAAUAACGGGUCUAGUUAGUAGCACUGCCCCUCACAACCGCAAUUCCGAAAGAGAUACUUGAUCUUAAAAUCUUUUUUUGGAGUAUCACUCACACCGGGUCAACUGGAAAGACAUGUCCUUCUUCAGACUGAGCUAGAAUGCUUGACUGCUGCAGUAGUACCUGUUUUCCACUGCGGAAACUCACUGGUAAUCCUUUAAACCAUUGAAACUGACUGAAGAAGGAGACUACCAUCUUUUAGAAGCCACCUGUCAAGUUUACACAUGAAGUUUACAGAAUGAGCAUUUGAUGCUUUGAUUCUAGAUUUUAAGGAUUAGUGUCACGUUAAAUAUCACAUGAGAAGAAACCAGCUUGUUCUAGAAAUUCAAGAUUAGUGACAUUUUUAUUGUUAAAUUGUCAAAGGUUUUAGAUACAAACCCUGAGACACUUUGGUGACUAACUUUAGUUCAUACGGUUUGUUUACAUCUGUUAUCCAUUCAAGCAAUUUUAUGUUGUUGUUUUUUUUUCACGUAAUCUCUGCAUUCAAAAUUCUUUAAAUGGGCUUGAUAUACACUCUCACACCCCAUUCACCCUGAAACCUUUGCGAUCUCUUCAUUGAGUAGAACCACUGGACUUAUUUCCUCAGACCAAGAGAAGAGAGCGUUAAACAGUUUACGGUUGUUGGAGUCUCUCACUGCAUCUCUGCACUGAUGAAAAUCUUGAAUAAUAUUGGGCCUCGGUGCUCCUACUGCAGAGACAGGGAGAGAAAACAAGCCGUGUGUUACUACUUGAUUUGAUUCAUUCGCAGAAUCUGCAAAUAGGUAUACGUACACUUACCACGCUUACCUCACGCUAUCCUGACAAUGCUUUACAAAGACAAUUAUAGUUUACAACGAGCAUCUUUAAAAAACACAUCCUAUUUGCCUGCAGGAUGUUUCAUAACCCACCACUAUUAAAAUGCAUUCCAACUCAGUUUUCACCUUCUUGUUGCUCUUGUUUUUUGGGGGGGUUUUGCACUGAUAAAAUGCCACAUGUGUAAUAUGCAGUGUGGUGCAGCUGGCUUACUGCAUUUUGUACCGUGUCGGCACAAGGAAGAUUUGUUCUAUUUAUUUAUGCCUUGGUGUGUAGAAAGUUUCCCAUCCUUCAUUCUGUUCAGUGUAUGUUUUUUCAGCCUGUGACUUUAAGUUGUAAUAUUUAUCUUGCCUAGAGUUAGUGUUGUUUUAAUUGAUAACAUUAAUUACUUUUUGAGCACAAUGUGUUGCAUUUAAGUUGGGAAACUGUACUGUUCAUCUACCUAACAGAUAUUUCUUUAAAUAAAUACAGUUGUAAUUA